AUGCGUUUUCUAACUGAGGAAGAAAGUUGGAAUUUAUUUUGUCAAAAGGUCUUUGGAGAGGCGAAUUUCCCUCCUGAGUUGGUGAAUGUCGGAAGGAAUAUAUCAAAAAAUUGUCAAGGACUUCCAUUAUUAAUUGUCGUGAUUGCUAGACUUCUUGCAGAGGAAAAAGAGUCACUAGGCUACUGGGAGGAUGUUUCCGAAAAUUUAAGCUCAAUAAUAGCAGAAAAAGAUGACCAUUGCUCGGAGAUAUUAAAGUUAAGUUACAAUAACUUGCCUCCUCAUUUGAAACCAUGUUGUCUUUAUAUGGGGGUUUUCCCAGAAAACUAUGAGAUUCCUGUCUCUAGACUCAUCAAAUUAUGGGUCGCUGAGGGAUUUGUGGACCCAUUUGUAAUUGAAAACCCAGAUAAAGUUGCAGAGAAAUAUCUGAUGGAACUUAUAGGUAGAAAUCUUAUUUUGGUAGGUCAAAAAGGAUCCGUUAAUGGAAAAAUUAAAACCUGCAAAAUGCAUGAACUUUUGAGAGAGCUCUGUGUGAAGAUAGCUCACGAGGAGAAUUUUCUUUACGUGAAGAGCAGGUAUCUACGCUUCCUUCAAGAAGAGGCAAGUUUCAAGCGCCGUCUGAGUAUUCAUGACGAUGCUUCAUAUAGUGGUAGUGAGGAAGACGUCACAAUGCAAUCAAUGGAUCCUCUCCGUUCGUUUAUAUACAAUGGUUGGGAUGAAACUCAAUUACAUUCUUUCUAUUAUUUUGGUUGUCAAUUGCUGAGGGUAUUGGAUAUGGUUGGAGUAGAGCUUAGCGGGUUCCCGGAGGAAAUACUGCUCCUAAUUAACUUGAGGUAUAUUGCUAUCGCCUGUCAUGCUGUGAUUCCAGCUUCUAUUACUGUACUUUGGAAUCUAAAUACUUUAAUUGUUGAAGACUUAACGGGAAUUGCAAGUCAACUGCCCAUUGAGAUUUGGAAUAUGCGAAAAUUGAGACAUCUCAAAUUCUCUCGAGUUUUCUUGCCUGCACCUUCCCAUGCUAGUCCUUUCGUUCUA